GCCGGCCGCUUCCAGGUCGCUAAGGGGCCGGGGCGGGACGGUCGCCUUAUAUACCCGCCGGCCGCCGACCCCCUCGGCAGUCGCUCUCAUGCCGAGGAUGUCGUCCGGACGGCCGCGACAGCAGCUGGCCGCGUGCACGGUCCCAUGGCUCGUCCUGACGCUGGCUAUCAGAGGAGGCCUCUGCCUGCCGGCAGGGCAUACGGGCGCAGAAGGCAGCUUCCAGGCGACUGCUGACUACCUGCUGUGGCUCCCCUCCCCCACUGACCUGAAGGAGGGGCAACCGCCCCACCCUCUCUCUCAAGAAGGGGCGGGUCUCGUGGGAGGGAGCCAAUCAGCAGCGGCGCCUCCGGGAGGGACGGCCCCUUCCCUGACGAGCCAAUCGGAGGCGGCCCCAUUCGGAGGUACAAAUUCAGCGAUGGGCCAACCAGCGGCGAACCCUUUAACAACGAGCCAAUCACCGGUGGCCCCAUUGAGAGUGAUCCCUUCAGAGGCGGCACAAGCAGCGGUGAUUUAUUUGACAAUGAGCCAAUCGGAGGUGGCUCCGCUGGAAGGGAGCCAAUCAGCAGUGUACCCUUUUACAAACAGUCAACCAGUUGGGACUCCUGUGGCAACAAGCCAAUCACCGGUGGCCCCAUUGAGAGUGAUCCCCUCGGAGGCGGUACAAUCAGCGGUGACGUCUUCGACGAUCAGCCAAUCAGAGGUGGUUACGCUGGGAGGGACCCCUUUAGCAUCGAGCCAACCAGCAAACGUCCAUUUGGGAAAAAGUGAAUCAUCGGUAGCCCCAUUGGGAGAGAGCUUAUCAGAGAGGGACCAAUCAGCACCGGACCUUUUGGAAUCGAGCCAAACAGCGGAGGCCCCGGUGGGCGAGGGCGGACCGGCAACUGUGUCAGAGACACAGGAAGAUAAGCGUCGCGGGAACCCAGACCAGGCAGUGCCGCUGACGACAACAGAGAAGCAGAAGGCAGCGACUGCAACGGGCACGAUUGCGCCCGAAGACCGGUCGGAGGAAAGCGGCUCCAGCGAGGAGGAAGGCGGAAACUCCAAGGAGCCUGCGUCCACCGAGGAAGGCGAGGAGGAGGUGUCCACGGAGGAAAGCGGAGAAGUGUCCAAGGAGGAGGGCGAGGCUCUGGAGGUGGCGGAGGCCAUUGUUUUCCGACCGCUGUUCGCCUACAAGCGGAGGCAGAGAAAACGCCAACAGGAGGCGCAGCGCCGGCACAGCUACAAGAAGUACAAGCGACGCCACUACAAGGUCAGGCCGACCAGGCCACCCUACUACCAAAACUACCAAAACUACCCCUACUAUCCCUACUACCCAAGUUACUACCGUUACUACAGCCAGUAGAGAGAGAACCAUGCCUACGUAGAUAAGUGAAGACACUUAAAUUUAUUUAUUGUGAUAUUAUUUAUUACAUGAGUGCGAAACUCUAGUUCAUUUUUAAUAAUCUAUUUAGUAAUUUAUUUUAGGAUUUCUUGUGAUAUUCAUAUGAAAAAAAUGUUUUGACUUAUUUAAUGUGUUAUAUUAACAAAUUUUUCAACAAAGACUUAUUUAUUGAAACUAUAGUUUUUAAGACUCUCAAAUUGUAUACAGUAUAAUUAUUCGUUUUUGCACUGAGAUUUAUGAUUCACAUGUUAUUUUCUUAUUAAAUAAAAAACAUUUGACUGCA